AGUCUUCAGAGAGAGUCAGACUUGAUCAGUUCACAUUCAGUCCAGUUCAUAUCAGUUCAGAGAGGAGCACAUCGGUAUCGUCACGUCUGUAAUCAAUUGUGUCUCGAUAUCAUGUGUGUACAUUCUAUCCAUUAUUAAAUCUAGAACUUUUAUAGAAUGUCCUUUGCUCGCACAAAUCAACAAUAUCAAACCACUACCCACGACCUCCACGCUACCAACAAUAUCAAGCUACUACGCGGUCCUCCAGAGCAGCCACCACCACACCAAGCAUCAUCAACAGAGACAUUCAUCAUUUCAACGGAGCGGUAAGAAGUACAUCAUCAAAACAGUGUGGUCAACAUCAUCUGGAACACUGGUGACAACAAGUGGCCAAAAUUUACGGAAACAGUGGUAGCAACGGUGUUGUGCGAUCGAAGACACGAACUCUCGACUUUCUCAAAAUCCAGUACAUGCUGAGACAAGAGUAUCAUAAUCCCAUCGCAGGCAAGUUGCGAGACGUUGUCAUUUCCUACCACGCUCAAAUCGUGGGUUACCACACUCUCCACGUGCUAUCUUCCCUGCCGCUUCUGCCUCUUCUCCGCUCCUGACUCAUCCCCGUAGUCACACCUGUCUGCCAUCACACCUGUCGCCGCCUAUUCCUACUCAUCACGCCGCUCCUCUUUGCUGGUUGCCGUUCAUGCUUCUUCCUGAAUUGUGGGUAUCCCUUGGUUCCUUCUCCGAGCCACCCCCACCUCUCCCAUCCGAGUACUCGAGGUCAAGCCUCAUCGCCACCACCACUCCCCACCCAGCCCUUCUCAAUGCCCGGACUCGCCCAAGGUCAUCUUUCCAAGUUUGCUCCCAGCAGUGAUCUUCCCAGUCAUCUGGGGCCAGAUCCACGAAACGGUUAUUAUCAACCUCCGGCAGCCAAAUGGUAUCCACGAACGCAUAAGAGGUUGGUGUUGCCAUGGUAGCAAGGUAGUUACACCACCUCCUGAGGUGGUGUAAGUUAACUCGCCCGAAAACUCUUAUUUAAAUAUUUAUGUGCACAAAAUAACUUUUCUUUUUAUUAUUAUUUACAAGCUUUAUCACCAAGAAAGUAUGGUUUUGUGAUGCAUAAAGUGAAAUCUUGCAUGGAACACUGAAAACGAAGCAUGAAAAGGAAGAGGCUGAUUUGCCCCACACGUGCGCGCUCCCCAUUCCGCCUCGCAGCAAUAAGUUUGUAUUGUGAUUAAGUAUUGUUUUCGUCGCUUCUCCUGCAUAUAUUGGAUAUUUUCUUUGCAUACUUCCACGUUCGUGCCUUGAGGCGAGAAAGGCGCUUUUGGAAUCGCCUUGAUUCCUUGGCAUUGAGUGAUGAUGAGCUGAUGCUCAAAUACCACUUCCCUAGGCAGUUGCCAGUGGGUCCUUCCAAAACGUCAUUGGAGACACUGCAGGACUUACGCAAGUGUCAGCAGGGUCUUCGAGUGUGUGUGCAUUGUGUUGAGUGAUAAGUCGGUGCAGGAAAUCAAGAUGCCUUCAACACACCUUGAUCAAAGGAGAACUGCACAGCAGUUCUUCAGGAUCAAAAAUUUCUUAAGAGUUAUUGGGACCAUUGAUGGCACCCACAUUGCCAUCAAGGCCCGAAGAGUGGACGAGGCCCUCUACUUUAACUGGAAAAGCUAUCACUCCCUCUGAAAAUCCAACUUGUUUGUGAUUUGAAUGGAGUGAUCCUCAGCUACUGCUUCAGAUUCCCAGUUGCCUUGGAAAGUGCAUUCCUGGCUGAGUGUGGUGCGUGUGCCUGCUACUCGUGUGGUGGUGCUGCUGCUGCGUGAAGCCUCUGCCGUGGGAACCCACCACAAAUAGCUAAUGGAUUCUGUAUGACGGGAUCAGCAGCAGACAGAAUUGCAGUGAUGUAUUAACAUGCCUAGGGACAGCCUUGGGGGCAUCCAUUACUGGCAGAAGCCCGAGUGUGCUGAGUGAUGGGGCGGCAUGACCUUGCACAUCAGAGGGUCAGGCAGUGCAGUGCAGACUCCAAGGCUCCCCAAGUGUACAGCAUUGUUGUGUGUGUGGAUGGGGUGUGUGUGCCAGACUCCUCACACUCUGUAUUGUAUGGCUGGGCAAGGUCACCUACUAUUGAGACAGUAGCUCUUCUUUGGUCAUUGCCAGGCUCUCUUUUGGAUCUUCAUGGCAGUUUCCACAACAGCAAACACUGCAAGCUUGAUCACACUGAUCUUGUCUCCAGUGAAGCUAAGAGUGGGAAUGUUUUUACCAAGGCCUUUGUUGGAGGCGUCCCCUGUGAUAUAGUGGACGACAACCUGGAGCUCUGUGACACACUGACAAGGGAGAAGGUUACUUGUCGCUCCAAGGCUAAGCUGGUCGGCCCCAUGAAUGUCACUGUCUGCAUUACCGGAAGAGGAGCGUCUGAAGUGACCAAGAUAGGAAGGUACGUGGACUCCCAGGACAGGCUGUACCAGUUCCUCACAUAUGCUGGUGUGUACAUAUAGUGUGCCUGCACGUGUAUGCAUGUGAAUCUAGUCUUACCUUAUGUUACCUAAACCAGUGUAACCUGACUUUAUCCUGACUACUGGAAAUAACUGUAUAGGAAUUAAGCUUGUAAUGCCCUGUGUUUUAGCAUUAGAUUGUUGUGUUUUUCUUAGUUUUUACAGGGUGUCCUGCAAGUUUAGGUACACACUUUAGGUAUGAUAGUUCAAGUAAUUCUAAGUUGAAAAUACUCUAUACACAUAUGCUGUAUUUUGUUUUAUUUUGUGAGAAAUUAAUGUGUAGCUAAGUUGUGAGUUGCGGGAGCCGCUUGCCUGGGUAUGCCUCCGCCUCCUUC